CGCUGCCUGCACAAGUGCCCGCUGUCUGCCCUUCAGGGCAGGAGCCACAGCCCUGGUGUUUCCAUCUCCUCCUGCCAUGGCCUCCGUCUAGCUCCUCCCAGCAUCGUCCUGCUGCCUUGCCCCACGACGUUGGCAUGGCUCCUGGGCCCCUGCCCACCCCACCCCCACCCCGGAAAACCCCAGGACAGGAUGUGCAACUCUGGUGACUCCAGAGGGAACAGCAUUUGACUGGAGAACUUGGGCUGGUGCCUGUGCCCUACCCACACUGUCUCCUUGAGGUUCUAGGAGAAUCCUCAUAGGGCCAGGUAGGGCAGACAUGACGGUCUCCAGGUAUGCAGUCCCCGCUCCACCCUACGGCCUAUCCCCUGGGCUCAGGCUCCCAUCAUGUACUCCUGACCCCACCAAACAUCCACUAUGGAGAUGGGACCAUCCCUAUACGGGGGGUGCGGGGAGGGGGCCCACUGUGUGUGUGCUAGGGUCACUUUGCUGGGCAGGAGACAGGCAGGGACGAGUGAGCAGUGAGGCCCCUGGGUCCCAUUCCAUGCGUGGCAUCCAUGAGUUUGAUGGGUGUGUGUGUGUGGGGGGGGGUCAUCCAGCGGCUUAGGCCUCAAGGGGGGCACAGGGUGGUGGAUACCCCAGGAGAGGAGAGGUGGGGCUUCUCACCGCCGCAGCUGGCACAGAGCCAAGAGGAGCCCGGCUCCGGGACAGGUGGCUGGCAGUGCAGGGUGCUGGCUAUCCGCCCAGCCCCCGCCCUGGGCGCGGGGACCAGCCGUGGAACAGGAACUGCCGGCACUCGGGCUGGAGAAUUAAUAUUUGUGCAGGCGCGGCAAAGACGCACUGGCUACGUGAACGCACGGGCAGCAGGCCUUGAGCUCUGCCCCCAUGCGGAGCCUCUCCUCUCUCUCGCGGCGGCCGUCGCAGAUGUUGCUGCUGCUGCUGCUGUCGCCGUGGUCAGUCUGGGCCCAGUUGUCGGCCGCGGCCGCCUCCUCGGGAACCCCAGGCACCCCGGACUGCCCGGAGGCGUGCGCGUGCGCGCCGGGCGGCCAGGCCAACUGCUCGAGGCGCGCGCUGCCCGCCGUGCCUGCGGGCCUGAGCCGGCGCGUGCGCGCGCUGCUGCUGGACCAUAACCGUGUGCGCGCGCUGCCGCCCGGCGCUUUCGUGGGCGCUGACACGCUGCUGCGCCUGGACCUGCGCGAGAACGGGCUGCGCUGGGUGCACGCGCGGGCCUUCUGGAGCUUGGGCGCGCUGCAGCAGCUCGACCUCAGCGCCAACCAGUUGGAGGCGCUGGCGCCCGGCACCUUUUCGCCCUUGCGCGCGCUGCGUUCCCUCUCGCUGGCGGGCAAUCGGCUGGCGCGCCUGGAGCCGGCGGCGCUGGGCGCGCUCCCGCUGCUGUACGCGCUCAGCCUGCAGGACAACGAGCUGCCUGCGCUCGCGCCGGGACUGCUGGCCGGCCUGCCCGCUCUCCGCGCACUGCGCCUGCGCGGCAACCCUUGGGUCUGCGGCUGCGCGCUGCGUCCACUCUGCUCCUGGCUGCGCCGGCACCCGCGGCCGGCGCCAGAGGCCGAGACGCUGCUCUGCGUGUUGCCAGGGCGCCUGACGCUCAGACCCUUGACCGCCUUAACGGACGCCGCCUUCGGCCACUGCGCGCAGCGGCUCGCCCCCCGGGACCUGGCUGUGGUCUACGCGCUCGGGCCCGUCUCCUUUCUCGCCAGCCUGGCCGCCUGCCUGGCGCUGGGCUCCGUGCUCACCGCCUGCCGCACGCGCCGCUGGCGCGACACCGCCCUCGGCCCGCUGAGGAGAGCGCUGGACCCUGGCCCCGGGAGCCCCGCGGCCGCUGCUCAGGACUGAGCGGGCCUUGGCUGUUCUCGAAUCUUCCCCUGUCCCCUGCCCUUCUUCACUCUCCCUGCAGGCGUCAACAAGCGACACAGACAGAAA